CUUUCACACAUACUCUUAUUUCCAACCUGAUUUACCUCGUCUCUCCUCCUUUUCUCCCCAUCAGGAUCUGGUUAAAACCCACCUCCUUUUCGCAGUCCGUGAAGAGGUUGAGUUUUUAAAAGAACAAAUUAAAGAUCUUACAGAACGGAACAGUCAGUUGGAGCAUGAGAACAAUCUAUUGCGGUCUCUUGCUACACCACAGCAGCUGACUGAAUUGCACUCUCGUAUCCAAGCAUCAAGAAAAGGUCUUUGAGCAUUAAUUCAUGGUCCAAUUGACACCCUCCAAGGUGACUAACAGCCUCAGUUUUCUCUAACAUUGGUAAAGAAAAAUGGAAUACAGAGGAACCAUCAUACUGUGACUCAAUGAGGAGCAGUCACUCAGCAGAGAAGACUGGCUGUCUCACACUCCGAACGGUACUGUCCCAGAAAACACUACUAUACAAUGAGGAGGAAUGUCUACAGAACUUGAUUAGCCACCUCCAGAACCAUCUCUUCCAAACACCUCCAAAAAUACAUCAAAGCACAGAAUGAUACAGCAGAGAGUGUGGACAGGACGUCAGCAGUGGUCAGGUGUAAGGAAUAGUGACCAACGACUGAAAAUGUACUCGGGAUCGCCAUUCAGGCCUAGAAAGGAGAUCUUUGGUUGACCAGGGUAUGACCCUCGCAGGAAGAGCGUUCUCAACUAACAAUGCCAACUAACUGCAACUGGUUAACAUAAAUGGUAAUAAUAUUUAAUGUGAGUAAUUUCUGUACACAGGAAGCAUCGCUCAAGGUGGUUAUUGGGGAGAACCUAUCAUGUCCCACUCCAUAGUUUCAGCUGUUUUGUUUGUGAAUAUGUGACUAUGCAACUUUACAAGCCUGAUGAAGGCCUUCCAACUACAUGGGGAAUUGGUUAGUAUUGACGGUACCAUACGUAUAUCAGUGACUAAACCUCAAACUGUAUAGUUUUCUAGUGAUUGUCUUGGUGUCUUCAGAAGUCAUUGUUAAACAUCCAAUGCCCAGGAAUGUGGGCAACCUUGAACCAGCUCAAACAUAUAGAUUAUUUUUGUGCGUAGUUUGACCUUGAAUGCAGACAUACACUAUUAGUAAAUACCUUGCCGUAGAGCAUGCUGCCUGAGAAAAUCUGGCCUCGUUCUGAGGCACUGGAUAUCCUCACUGCUCCGACCUAUCGAGAUAACAUUCCAUUUAUAGAUUUAACUACAUUAGGAAUUGGUAAAUCAAGGGGCUGUGAAUCUGAGAAAAGAGCUAGAAACUAAUAUCAUGCCAGCUGCUAUCUUGGGUAUGGCAGAGUCUGGUUCAGCAGGAAGAAAUCACGUGUACAGAGAUAUGACUGUAUGUGCCUAUUUCACAUGGAUAUGGCUGUAUGUGCCGAUUUCACAUGGAAUUAUGGAAUCAAGAAAAGUUAUUAAAAAAAAAUUUCUAGCAAGAGGGACUGAAGGGAAUGCGUGAUAUGUGACGCUAAAACGAACUGCAGCAAUGCAAUAUAACCAUGCAUCAGAUAUGCAGAUAUGGGUGGUAGAGCAGUACGGCUGCAAAUAAGGGAAUAGCUGGAUACCAAGGGAAAUACAAUGCAGCUGAAAUGAUAAACAGUUAGUUAGCUAUAAUGGAAUGGUAUUAUAGUAUGUACCCAGGAUUUCCCAUAAGGCCACCAAGGACGUUGCCUUUGGGCGGCAUGCAUGAGAUAUCCCUCACUGGACAGCCCAUUCCCAUGCCGAGGAAGCUGGUCACUGUAGCAGUGUGUGCCAUGUCCAGCCCAUUCCCAUGCCAAGGAAGCUGGUCACUGUUGUAGUGUGUGCAGCGGCCAGCCCAUUCCCAGGCCGAGGAAGCUGGUUACUGUGGCAGUGUGUGCAGCAGCCAGCCUAUUCUCAUGCCAAGGAAGCUGGUCACUGUAGCAGUGUGUGCCAUGUCCAGCCCAUUUCCAUGCCGAAGAAGCUGGUUACUGUGGCAGUGUGUGCAGCAGCCAGCCCGCGUGACUUCAGACUUUUUUAUCUUCUUCUGGCAGGGCCAAAAAGAAGAGAGCCGGCAAUGCUCCCCAUCUCUAUUUAUAUGUACUGUAUUGCAGAACAUAACAUUACUUUAACACACAUGGAUUAAAGGGACAUUAUAGUCACCAGAACAACUACAGCUUAUUGAAUUUGUUCUCGUGAGUAGAAUCAUUACUUUCAGGCCUUUUGCUGUAAACACUGUCUUUUCAGAGAAAAUGCAGUGUUUACAUGACAGCCUAGUGAUAACUUCACUGGCCACUCAUCAUAUAGCUGUUAAAGAUCCUUCCUGGGUCCUGGCUACCUAAAAUGCAUCCAAACAUUCAGUAUCUCCUCCCUCUGCAUGCAGACACUGAACUUUCCUCAUAGAGAUACAUUGAUUCAAUUAAUCUCUAUGAGGAGAUGCUGAUUGGCCAGGGCUGUGUUUGAAUCAUGCUGGCUCUGCCCCUGAUCUGCCUCCUUGUCAGUCUCAGCCAAUCCUAUGGGGAAGCAUUGUGAUUGGAUCAGGCUACCACUUCUGAUGAUGUCAGCAGACAGCUUGCUAAUGUGAGGCAGACAGGGGAAGAGGCAGCAGCUUCAGGCUUGAAUACAAGUAAUGAUAUACCACUUGUGUCAGAAACACCUUAUUGGAAAAAAAGGAGAAAUAGGGGUAAAUAAGUUAAACUAGUCUACCCUAGUAAGAUAUUUGCAUGUAGAAAAGGACUCCUCCAGGUCCUCAAUCAUAGAAAAUUCAAAUACCAAAAAGCAGGUAACUAGUAAGAUGUUGCUAUAUACAAGAAUACAAGUGAGAUGUUGCUAUAUUUAGGGGGGCAUGAGGGGCCCAGGAUGGCUAGAUGCUAGUUUUAACACUAUAGACAGACAUGUAUUCCUGACCCUAUAGUGUUCCUUUAAUAUAUGGUGGGCUUAUUGAGGAAAUAGGACUGGGGCAGCAAGGAGGGUAAAGCAAGCCCUGCCUGGGCUAUAUGAGUAAUUUAACAGUAUGAUUGGGUAACCUAAUGGUACAGCUGGGUAAUAAGGGUAAUAUAACAGUAUGGCUGGGUAAUAAGGGAAAUAUAACAGUAUGACAGGAUAAUAAGGGAAAUAUAACAAUAUGAUUGGGUAAUAAGGGAAAUAUAACAGUAUGACACGGUAAUAAGGGAAAUAUAACAGUAUGACAUGGUAAUAAGGGAAAUAUAACAGUAUGAUUGGGUAAUAGGGGAAAUAUAAAAGUAUGACACGGUAAUAAGGGAAAUAUAACAGUGUGAUUGGGUUAUAAGGGAAAUAUAACAGUAUGACAGGAUAAUAAGGGAAAUAUAACAGUAUGACAGGGUAAUAAGGGAAAUAUAACAGUAUGACACCAUAAUAAGGGAAAUAUAACAGAAUGACACGGUAAUAAGGGAAAUAUAACAGUAUGAAAAGGAUAAUAAGGGAAAUAUAACAGUAUGACGCGGUAAUAAGGGAAAUAUAACAGUAUGACAGGGUAAUAAGGGAAAUAUAACAGUAUGACACUAUAAUAAGGGAAAUAUAACAGAAUGACACAGUAAUAAGGGAAAUAUAACAGAAUGACAUGGCAAUAAGGGAAAUAUAACAGUAUGAUUGGGUAAUAAGGGAAAUAUAACAGUAUGACACGGUAAUAAGGGAAAUAUACAGUAUGACAGGGUAAUAAGGGAAAUAUAACAGUAUGACACCAUAAUAAGGGAAAUAUAACAGUAUGACAGGAUAAUAAGGGAAAUAUACAGUAUGACAGGGUAAUAAGGGAAAUAUACAGUAUGACAGGGUAAUAAGGGAAAUAUAACAGAAUGACAUGGCAAUAAGGGAAAUAUAACAGUAUGACAGGGUAAUAAGGGAAAUAUAACAGUAUGACAGGAUAAUAAGGGAAAUAUAACAGUAUGACAGGGUAAUAAGGGAAAUAUACAGUAUGACAGGAUAAUAAGGGAAAUAUAACAGUAUGACACGGUAAUAAGGGAAAUAUAACAGUAUGACAGGGUAAUAAGGGAAAUAUAACAGUAUGACAGGAUAAUAAGGGAAAUAUAACAGUAUGACAUGGUAAUAAGGGAAAUAUAUAGUAUGACAGGGUAAUAAGGGAAAUAUAACAGUAUGACAGGGUAAUAAGGGAAAUAUAACAGUAUGACAGGAUAAUAAGGGAAAUAUACAGUAUGACAGGGUAAUAAGGGAAAUAUAACAGUAUGACAGGAUAAUAAGGGAAAUAUACAGUAUGACAGGUUAAUAAGGGAAAUAUAACAGUAUGAUUGGGUGAUAAGGGAAAUAUAACAGUAUGACACGUUAAUAAGGGAAAUAUAACAGUAUGACAGGAUAAUAAGGGAGAUAUAACAGUAUGACACGGUAAUAAUGGAAAUAUAACAGUAUGACACGUUAAUAAGGGAAAUAUAACAGUAUGACACGGUAAUAAGGGAAAUAUAACAGUAUGAAUGGGUGAUAAGGGAGAUAUAACAGUAUGACAAGGUAAUAAGGGAAAUAUAACAAUAUGAUUGGGUAAUAAGGGAAAUAUAACAGUAUGACACGGUAAUAAGGGAAAUAUAACAGUAUGACACGUUAAUAAGGGAGAUAUAACAGUAUGACAAGGUAAUAAGGGAAAUAUAACAGUAUGACACGGUAAUAAGGGAAAUAUAACAAUAUGAUUGGGUAAUAAGGGAAAUAUAACAGUAUGACACCAUAAUAAGGGAAAUAUAACAGUAUGACGCGUUAAUAAGGGAGAUAUAACAGUAUGACAGGGUAAUAAGGGAAAUAUAACAGUAUGACAGGAUAAUAAGGGAAAUAUAACAGUAUGACAGGGUAAUAAGGGAAAUAUAACAAUAUGAAAAGGAUAAUAAGGGAAAUAUAACAGUAUGACAGGGUAAUAAGGGAAAUAUACAGUAUGACGCGUUAAUAAGGGAGAUAUAACAGUAUGACAGGAUAAUAAGGGAAAUAUAACAGUAUGACACGGUAAUAAGGGAAAUAUAACAGUAUGACAGGAUAAUAAGGGAAAUAUAACAGUAUGAUUGGGUAAUAAGGGAAAUAUAACAGUAUGACAUGGUAAUAAGGGAAAUAUAACAGUAUGACAGGGUAAUAAGGGAAAUAUAACAGUAUGACGCGUUAAUAAGGGAGAUAUAACAGUAUGACAGGGUAAUAAGGGAAAUAUAACAGUAUGACACCAUAAUAAGGGAAAUAUAACAGUAUGACGCGUUAAUAAGGGAGAUAUAACAGUAUGACAGGGUAAUAAGGGAAAUAUAACAGUAUGACAGGAUAAUAAGGGAAAUAUAACAGUAUGACAGGGUAAUAAGGGAAAUAUAACAAUAUGAAAAGGAUAAUAAGGGAAAUAUAACAGUAUGACAGGGUAAUAAGGGAAAUAUACAGUAUGACGCGUUAAUAAGGGAGAUAUAACAGUAUGACAGGAUAAUAAGGGAAAUAUAACAGUAUGACACGGUAAUAAGGGAAAUAUAACAGUAUGAUUGGGUAAUAAGGGAAAUAUAACAGUAUGAUUGGGUAAUAAGGGUAACCUAAUGGUAUAGCUGGGUCAUACAUGAAAUAUCACAGUACAGCUGUAUAAUAAGGGAAAUAUAACCGUAUGGCUGUGUAAUAAGGGUAACAUAUCAGUACAGCUGAGUAAUAACGGUAACAUAUCGGUACAGCUAAGUAAUAACAUAGAAACAUAGAAACAUAGAAUGUGACGGCAGAUAAGAACCAUUCGGCCCAUCUAGUCUCCCCAAUUUUCUAAAUACUUUCAUUAGUCCCUAGUCUUAUCUUAUAGUUAGGAUAGCCUUAUGCCUAUCCCACGCAUGCUUAAACUCCUUUACUGUGUUAACCUCUACCACUUCAGCUGGAAGGCUAUUCCAUGCAUCCACUACCCUCUCAGUAAAGUAAUACUUCCUGAUAUUAUUUUUAAACCUUUGUCCCUCUAAUUUAAGACUAUGUCCUCUUGUUGUGGUAGUUUUUCUUCUUUUAAAUAUAGUCUCCUCCUUUACUGUGUUGAUUCCCUUUAUAUAUUUAAAUGUUUCUAUCAUAUCCCCCCUGUCUCGUCUUUCCUCCAAGCUAUACAUGUUAAGAUCCUUUAACCUUUCCUGGUAAGUUUUAUCCCGCAAUCCAUGAACCAGUUUAGUAGCCCUUCUCUGAACCCUCUCUAAGGUAUCAAUAUCUUUCUGAAGAUACGGUCUCCAGUACUGUGUACAAUACUCCAAGUGAGGUCUCACCAGUGUUCUGUACAAUGGCAUGAGCACUUCCCUCUUUCUACUGCUAAUACCUCUCCCUAUACAACCAAGCAUUCUGCUAGCAAUAAGGGUAACAUAUCGGUACAGUUGGGUAAUAAGGGUAACAUAUCGGUACAGCUGGGUAAUUAGGGUAACAUCGGUACAGCUGGGUAAUAAGAAAUAUAUAACAGUAUGGCUGUGUAAUAAGGGUAACAUAUCGGUACAGCUGGGGGUAAUAAGGGUAACAUUUCGGUACAGCUGGGUAAUAAGGGUAACAUAUCGGUACAGCUGGGUAAUAAGGGUAACAUAUCGGUACAGCUGGGUAAUAAGGGUUGUAGUAUAAGGAUAUACUAAUAGGGGUGAUAUAUUAGUGCAGAUAAUAAGCUAACUGAAGAAAUAUAAACUGGUAAAUUUUAAAUAAAAAGGGAAACACUUUGAGCAUUGAUACGUGUCCGUCGGUCUAGUGGUGUGCCAUUGGAAUUGGAUGUUUGGGACUGGGUAACAUUGUGUGCAAAUGUCUAUACACUAAAAGUCUGAAAGUAACUAUACUGAUAAAUAAAAUGUUUUUACAAAAUUCAGUUCAUCGAAGAUUUUGCAUAUAUAUCAUGGUGUCUUCUCAUGGUGACCUGCACACCCUCAUAUGGGCUAUGUAUGCAUUUCACA